AUGGCACAGGCACUGCUGGUACCCCCGGGGCCUGAAAGCUUCCGCCUUUUUACUAGAGAAUCUCUUGCUGCUAUCGAAAAACGUGCCACAGAAGAGAAAGCCAAAAAGCCCAAGAGAGAACAAGACAAUGAUGACGAGAACAAACCAAAGCCAAAUAGUGACUUGGAAGCUGGGAAGAACCUUCCAUUUAUUUACGGAGACAUUCCUCCAGAGAUGGUGUCAGAGCCCUUGGAGGACCUGGACCCCUACUAUAUCAAUAAGAAAACUUUUAUAGUAUUGAAUAAAGGGAAGGCAAUUUUCCGAUUCAGUGCCACCUCUGCCUUGUAUAUUUUAACUCCGCUAAACCCUGUUAGGAAAAUUGCUAUUAAGAUUUUGGUACAUUCUUUAUUCAGCAUGCUUAUCAUGUGCACUAUUUUGACCAACUGUGUAUUUAUGACCUUGAGUAACCCUCCAGACUGGACGAAGAAUGUAGAGUACACAUUCACUGGAAUCUACACCUUUGAGUCACUUAUAAAAAUCUUGGCAAGAGGGUUUUGCUUAGAAGAUUUUACAUUCCUUCGUGAUCCAUGGAACUGGCUGGAUUUCAGUGUCAUUGUGAUGGCAUACGUGACAGAGUUUGUGGACCUGGGCAAUGUCUCAGCGCUGAGAACAUUCAGAGUUCUCCGAGCACUGAAAACAAUUUCAGUCAUUCCAGGUUUAAAGACCAUUGUAGGGGCCCUAAUCCAGUCCGUGAAGAAGCUCUCCGACGUCAUGAUCCUGACUGUGUUCUGUCUGAGCGUGUUUGCUCUAAUUGGUCUGCAGCUGUUCAUGGGCAACCUGAGGAAUAAAUGUUUGCAAUGGCCCCCAAGCGAUUCUGCUUUUGAAACCAACACCACAUCCUACUUUAAUGGCACAAUGGAUUCCAAUGGGAUAUUUGUUAAUAUAACAAUGAGUACAUUUAACUGGAAGGACUAUAUUGAAGAUGACAGUCACUUUUAUGUUUUGGAUGGACAAAAGGACCCUCUACUCUGUGGAAAUGGCUCAGAUGCGGGCCAGUGUCCAGAAGGAUACAUCUGUGUGAAAGCUGGUCGAAACCCCAAUUAUGGAUACACAAGCUUUGAUACCUUUAGUUGGGCUUUCUUGUCCCUAUUUCGACUCAUGACUCAAGACUACUGGGAGAACCUUUACCAACUGACAUUACGUGCUGCUGGAAAAACAUACAUGAUAUUUUUUGUCCUGGUGAUUUUCUUGGGAUCUUUCUAUUUGGUGAAUUUGAUCCUGGCUGUGGUGGCCAUGGCCUAUGAAGAACAGAAUCAGGCCACCUUGGAAGAAGCAGAACAGAAAGAGGCUGAAUUUCAGCAAAUGCUGGAACAACUUAAAAAGCAACAGGAAGAAGCUCAGGCAGUUGCAGCAGCAUCAGCUGCUUCAAGAGAUUUCAGUGGAAUAGGUGGGUUAGGAGAGCUCCUGGAAAGUUCUUCAGAAGCAUCAAAGUUAAGUUCUAAAAGCGCUAAGGAGUGGAGGAACCGAAGGAAGAAAAGACGACAAAGGGAGCAUUUUGAAGGAAACAACAAAGGAGAGGGAGACAGGUUUCCCAAAUCUGAAUCUGAGGACAGUGUCAAAAGAAGAAGCUUCCUUUUCUCCAUGGAUGGAAACCGACUGACUAGUGACAAGAAAUUCUACUCCCCUCAUCAGUCUCUGUUAAGUAUCCGUGGCUCCCUGUUUUCCCCACGACGCAAUAGCAAAACAAGCAUUUUCAGCUUCAGAGGACGAGCAAAGGACGUCGGUUCUGAAAAUGACUUUGCUGAUGAUGAGCACAGUACAUUUGAAGACAGCGAGAGCAGGAGAGACUCACUGUUUGUGCCGCACAGACAUGGAGAGCGACGCAACAGUAACGUUAGUCAGGCCAGUAUGUCAUCCAGGAUGGUGCCAGGGCUUCCAGCAAAUGGGAAGAUGCACAGCACUGUGGAUUGCAAUGGUGUGGUUUCCUUGGUGGGUGGACCGUCAGCUCUAACCUCACCUACUGGACAACUUCUGCCAGAGGUGAUAAUAGAUAAGUUAGCUAUGAGUUUGCAGGGCACCACCACUGAAACAGAAGUCAGAAAGAGAAGGCUAAGUUCUUACCAGAUUUCAAUGGAGAUGCUGGAGGAUUCCUCUGGAAGGCAAAGAGCCAUGAGCAUAGCUAGCAUCCUAACCAACACAAUGGAAGAACUUGAAGAAUCUAGACAGAAAUGUCCACCAUGCUGGUACAGAUUUGCCAAUGUGUUUUUGAUCUGGGACUGCUGUGAUGCAUGGUUAAAAGUAAAGCAUCUUGUGAAUUUAAUUGUUAUGGAUCCAUUUGUUGAUCUAGCCAUCACUAUUUGCAUUGUCUUAAAUACCCUCUUUAUGGCCAUGGAGCACUACCCAAUGACCGGUCAAUUCAGUAGUGUAUUGACCGUAGGAAACUUGGUUUUCACUGGGAUCUUCACAGCAGAAAUGGUUCUCAAGAUCAUUGCCAUGGAUCCUUAUUAUUAUUUCCAAGAAGGCUGGAAUAUAUUUGAUGGAAUUAUUGUCAGCCUUAGUUUGAUGGAGCUUGGCCUGGCAAAUGUGGAGGGAUUGUCUGUACUGAGAUCAUUCAGACUGCUUCGAGUUUUCAAGUUGGCAAAAUCUUGGCCCACGCUGAAUAUGCUGAUAAAGAUCAUUGGCAAUUCUGUGGGGGCUUUAGGUAAUCUCACCUUGGUGUUGGCCAUCAUCGUCUUUAUUUUUGCCGUGGUCGGCAUGCAGCUCUUUGGUAAGAGCUACAAAGAAUGUGUCUGCAAGAUCUCCAGUGACUGCCAACUCCCUCGCUGGCAUAUGAAUGACUUCUUUCACUCCUUCCUGAUUGUGUUCCGCGUGUUGUGUGGAGAGUGGAUAGAAACCAUGUGGGACUGUAUGGAGGUUGCUGGCCAAACCAUGUGCCUUAUUGUUUUCAUGUUGGUCAUGGUCAUUGGAAACCUUGUGGUUCUGAACCUCUUUCUGGCCUUACUGUUGAGUUCAUUUAGCUCAGACAAUCUUGCUGCUACAGAUGAUGAUAAUGAAAUGAACAAUCUCCAGAUUGCAGUAGGAAGGAUGCAAAAGGGAAUUGAUUAUGUGAAAAAUAAGAUACGAGAGUGUUUCAGAAAAACCUUUUUCAGAAAGCCAAAAGUUAUAGAGAUCCAUGAAGGCAACAAAAUAGACAGCUGCAUAUCCAAUAAUACUGGAAUAGAAAUAAGCAAAGAACUUAAUUAUCUUAAAGAUGGGAAUGGAACCACCAGUGGUGUAGGUACCGGAAGCAGUGUUGAAAAAUACGUAAUCGAUGAAAAUGAUUACAUGUCAUUCAUAAACAACCCCAGCCUCACUGUGACAGUGCCGAUUGCUGUCGGAGAGUCUGACUUCGAAAACUUAAAUACUGAAGAGUUUAGCAGUGAGUCAGAACUAGAAGAAAGCAAAGAGAAAUUAAAUGCAACCAGCUCAUCUGAAGGAAGCACAGUUGAUGUUGCUCCACCCCGAGAAGGCGAACAAGCUGAAAUUGAACCUGAGGAAGACCUUAAACCGGAAGCUUGCUUUACUGAAGGAUGUAUUAAAAAGUUUCCAUUCUGUCAAGUAAGUAUAGAAGAAGGCAAAGGAAAGGUCUGGUGGAAUCUUCGGAAAACCUGCUACAGCAUUGUUGAACACAACUGGUUUGAGACUUUCAUUGUCUUCAUGAUUCUUCUCAGCAGUGGUGCUUUGGCUUUUGAAGAUAUAUACAUUGAACAGCGAAAGACCAUCAAAACCAUGCUAGAAUAUGCUGACAAGGUCUUCACUUACAUAUUCAUUCUGGAAAUGCUCCUCAAAUGGGUAGCUUAUGGAUUUCAAACAUAUUUCACCAAUGCCUGGUGCUGGCUAGAUUUCUUAAUUGUUGAUGUUUCUUUGGUUAGCUUGGUAGCCAAUGCUCUCGGCUACUCAGAACUUGGUGCCAUUAAAUCCCUAAGGACAUUAAGGGCUUUAAGACCUCUAAGAGCUCUAUCCCGGUUUGAAGGCAUGAGGGUUGUUGUGAAUGCUCUUGUUGGAGCAAUUCCCUCUAUCAUGAAUGUACUCUUGGUAUGUCUCAUCUUCUGGCUGAUCUUUAGCAUCAUGGGUGUGAAUUUGUUUGCUGGCAAGUUCUACCACUGUGUUAACACGACAACGGGUAACAUGUUUGAAGUUAGUGAAGUCAACAAUCUGAGCGACUGUCAGGCUCUUGGCAAGCAAGCUCGGUGGAAAAACGUCAAAGUAAACUUUGAUAAUGUUGGCGCUGGCUAUCUUGCAUUGCUUCAAGUGGCCACAUUUAAAGGCUGGAUGGAUAUUAUGUAUGCAGCUGUUGAUUCACGAGAUGUAAAACUUCAGCCUGUAUAUGAAGAAAAUCUAUAUAUGUAUUUGUACUUCGUCAUCUUCAUCAUCUUUGGGUCAUUCUUCACUCUGAACCUAUUCAUUGGUGUAAUCAUAGAUAACUUCAACCAACAGAAAAAGAAGUUUGGAGGUCAAGACAUUUUUAUGACAGAGGAACAGAAAAAAUACUACAAUGCAAUGAAGAAACUUGGAUCCAAGAAACCUCAGAAGCCCAUACCUCGGCCAGCAAACAAAUUCCAAGGAAUGGUCUUUGAUUUUGUAACUAGACAAGUCUUUGAUAUCAGCAUCAUGAUCCUCAUCUGCCUCAACAUGGUCACCAUGAUGGUGGAAACUGAUGACCAGAGCAAAUAUAUGACUCUAGUUUUGUCCCGGAUCAACCUUGUGUUCAUUAUCUUGUUCACUGGAGAAUUUGUGCUAAAGCUCGUCUCUCUCAGAUACUACUAUUUCACCAUAGGUUGGAACAUUUUUGAUUUUGUGGUGGUGAUUCUCUCCAUUGUAGGCAUGUUUCUGGCUGAGCUGAUAGAAAAAUACUUUGUGUCUCCUACUCUGUUCCGAGUGAUCCGGCUCGCCAGGAUUGGUCGAAUCUUGCGUCUGAUCAAAGGGGCCAAGGGAAUCCGCACGCUGCUCUUUGCUCUGAUGAUGUCCCUUCCUGCCUUGUUUAACAUCGGCCUCCUGCUCUUCCUGGUCAUGUUCAUCUACGCCAUCUUUGGAAUGUCCAACUUUGCCUAUGUUAAAAAGGAAGCUGGAAUUGAUGACAUGUUCAACUUUGAGACCUUUGGCAACAGCAUGAUCUGCCUGUUCCAAAUUACCACCUCUGCUGGCUGGGACGGGCUGCUGGCACCUAUUCUCAACAGUGCACCCCCUGACUGUGAUCCUGACACAAUUCACCCUGGAAGCUCAGUUAAAGGAGACUGUGGGAACCCAUCUGUUGGGAUUUUCUUUUUCGUGAGUUAUAUCAUUAUAUCAUUUCUGGUUGUGGUGAACAUGUACAUCGCUGUCAUCCUGGAGAACUUCAGUGUUGCUACUGAAGAAAGUGCAGAGCCCCUGAGUGAAGAUGACUUCGAGAUGUUCUAUGAGGUCUGGGAGAAGUUUGAUCCUGAUGCCACCCAGUUUAUAGAGUUCUCCAAGCUCUCUGAUUUUGCAGCUGCCCUUGAUCCUCCUCUUCUCAUAGCAAAACCAAACAAAGUCCAGCUCAUUGCCAUGGACCUGCCCAUGGUCAGUGGGGACCGGAUCCACUGCCUCGACAUUUUAUUUGCCUUUACAAAGCGUGUUUUGGGUGAGAGUGGAGAGAUGGAUGCCCUUCGAAUACAGAUGGAAGACCGGUUCAUGGCAUCAAACCCCUCCAAAGUCUCCUAUGAACCCAUUACAACCACUUUGAAACGCAAACAAGAGGAGGUGUCCGCUGCUAUCAUUCAGCGUAAUUUCAGAUGUUAUCUUUUAAGACAAAGGUUAAAAAAGGUAUCAAGUGAAUAUAACAAAGAGGCAAUUAAAGGAAGGAUUGACUUACCUAUCAAAGAAGACAUGAUUAUUGACAAAUUAAAUGGAAACUCCACCCCAGAAAAAACAGAUGGAAGUUCCUCUACCACAUCUCCUCCUUCCUACGACAGUGUAACAAAACCAGACAAAGAAAAGUUUGAGAAAGACAAACCAGAAAAAGAAAGCAAAGGGAAAGAGGGCAGGGAAAAUCAAAAGUAAAAAAGAAACAAAGAAUUAUCUUUGUGAUCAAUUGUU